AUGGGUACAACGCAGGACAAGUCCAUGAAAAUGUCCAAUUACUACGAGGAAUACGAGAGUCGGAUGGCUUCGAUCGAAAAUAUCCUGGUCAAGUAUCAAAAGCGAAUGAGUCGCAUCCGCAAGGGCAUCGACCGCGGACACACCUUUGGAGAGGUCCUCCAGGAAACCGAACGAACGCUGUUCAGUCUCAAGCUCGCAAUCGAGACCAUCAAUGGCUCCAAACACGAGAGCGAGAAGCUUCGCGAGUGGAUCGUGGAGCUGGGUCGAUUUGUGCAAGACGAUCUUGCACAGAUCGACUCCAUCAUCAGGUUUCGCAGCGACAGGGAGAAGAAGGUUGCCGACGAGUGUGAUGUGCUCCGAUGGCGGAUCUCGGGGCUCGAGACGAAGCAGCAGAGUCGCGAGGAUGUCAUCUGCGAGCUCAUGGGGAGGCUCGAGGAGAAGGAGAAGGAGUCGAGCCAUCUUCGCUCCGCGCUCAAGCGACUCCUGGUCGAGGGGAAGGACCGCGAGCUACUGAUCCAGAAACAAGCUCUGAUGCUCGAGGAAAUGAACCAAACCCUUUCCCGAUACGAGCGCCAGAUCGACAUGGGCAAGGUCGGCAGCCCACCAAAGUCGACUUCCCGUUCAGUGCAGCCCGAGGCUGCAGCCGAUGCUGGAGCUGGCCCAUGGGAUACUUCGUUGGGGCAGGCUUUCCCACAGGGCACAGCGGCCCCGACAGACCCGUCGCAAGCCUUCGGAUCGGUGUCCCAAGCACAGCCUGUCCUGUCUUCUCGACCCAGCGCAGUGUCGUCCAGCCCGCUGAGGCCCAAAGACGACUACUCCUAUGCGGCCCCGACAUCGAAUCCAAGGGACCGCAACCAACUCGACGGCAUUCCUGGUUCGGCCCGAGACCGCAGCGCUGCCAAUGCCGUCACUCGAUCAGACAGCACCCUCCCGGGCAAUCCGCAACGCAGCCGAGUCGACUCGACCUUCUCUGACAGCUUCAAUCUCGAGACCCUCCGCGUUGAUCCGGCAGUCGCCAAUAAUGGCUUGCGGCCCAAGACCUUUGCUCCAGAGCUACCGUCUCGAAAGCCACAGUCGAAUCGCCGCACAUCGCUGGAUGACGAGAUUGAGCUGGUGCUGCGGCAGCAUCCUCCGACUCGCACCAGGUCACUCUCGAGCGAUUCUUGCACCAGCUCGCACUUGGCGGAGCUUCUCAGACCCAUUUCACCCAAGAAAAGGCAUGGUGACAGUCGCUCGCGCCGACAGAGUUGCGAACGAUCCUCUGCCGACAAACAUGUCACGCCAAAGCUUGUCGACCCACUCGGGCCGUCGCUGGAUGAAGCCUGGAGGAACACACUCCGCAAAUACGACUGA